GCCAGUCCUUAGCAACCCAGGGCUAAGACGGGGCGUGGAGAGGAGCAGCCAGAGACGCGGCGGCCGCGCCGGGCACACUGGAAGCGCAGCGGACGUGUCCGCCUGCCUCGCCCGCCUCGCCCUUGACCUCUACUUUCAGCUGGGAACCUGGGUGCAGGGGUAAUUAAGGGACCCAGGGAACUGACUAGCAACCGAGGGAUAAGACUGUGGUCUCCUCCACGGUCCUUCCGCCCUCUUCCUCGUCCGCUCCAUGCCUGAGAGCUGUGCUCUGGGGCCAGGGCGAGGAGAGACAUGGAGGAAACGCGCGCUCAGUGCGCCCCGCCGCCGCCCGCGGGCUCCCAGACUGGGGUUUCUCAAGUCAACCUCUCCGCCGCUCCCUCCCACAACUGCAGCACCGAGGGCUACGUUUACCAGGACUCCGUCGCCCUGCCCUGGAAAGUGCUGCUCGUCGUGCUGCUGGCGCUCAUCACCUUGGCCACCACGCUCUCCAACGCAUUUGUGAUCGCCACUGUGUACCGGACGCGGAAGCUGCAUACCCCGGCCAACUACCUGAUCGCCUCCCUGGCUGUCACUGACCUGCUCGUAUCCAUCCUGGUGAUGCCCAUCAGCACCAUGUAUGUGGUCACCGGCCGCUGGACGCUGGGCCAGGUGGUCUGCGACUUCUGGCUGUCGUUUGAUAUCACCUGUUGCACUGCUUCCAUCCUGCACCUCUGUGUCAUCGCCCUGGACCGCUACUGGGCCAUCACGGACGCCGUGGAGUACUCAGCUAAAAGGACUCCCAAGAGGGCGGCAGUCAUGAUCGCGCUGGUGUGGGUCUUCUCCAUCUCCAUCUCGCUGCCGCCCUUCUUUUGGCGCCAGGCCAAAGCCGAGGAAGAAGUGUUGGACUGUUUGGUGAACACCGACCACAUCCUCUACACGGUCUACUCCACGGUGGGCGCUUUCUACUUCCCCACCCUGCUCCUCAUCGCCCUCUACAGCCGCAUCUAUGUGGAAGCCCGCUCCCGGAUUUUGAAACAGACGCCCAAUAGGACCGGCAAGCGUCUGACCCGAGCCCAGCUGAUGACCGACUCCCCCGGGUCCACGUCCUCGGUCACCUCCAUUAACUCGCGGGCUCCCGACGUGCCCAGCGAGUCGGGGUCUCCUGUGUACGUGAACCAAGUCAAAGUGCGAGUCUCCGACGCUCUAGUGGAGAAGAAGAAACUCAUGGCCGCUAGGGAGCGCAAAGCCACCAAAACCCUGGGGAUCAUUCUGGGAGCGUUUAUUGUGUGUUGGCUGCCCUUCUUCAUCAUCUCCUUGGUGAUGCCGAUUUGCAAGGAUGCCUGUUGGUUCCACUUGGCCAUCUUUGACUUUUUCACGUGGCUGGGCUAUCUGAACUCCCUCAUCAACCCCAUCAUCUAUACCAUGUCCAAUGAGGACUUCAAACAAGCGUUCCAUAAACUGAUACGCUUUAAGUGCGCAAGUUGACUUGUCAAUUGCAGUGGGGUCGCUUAAGCGGCCUUUGGGGACCAUGUUGUGUCUGGUUCCACAGGUAGGUCGACUCUUCUUUCACUGUUACUGGGUCGGAGUGAGGCUCUCUCUUCUGGGCAAGGGAAUGGAUCCUGAGAAGCCAGGUCGGCCCUGAGAGAGUGCUCUGAAAGGAGAACUGUUCACACUGAAGAUAGAGCCUCCUUGCCCAGGAGGAGGCUCCCUUCCUCCGCUCAAACCCCAGGUUCGGCACUGACCCUGCCGCGACCAAUCACAAGGGGGGCUGCAACUUUUUAAAAGUCAUGAUGGCAAAGGGAUCCCUGCUCGGCCUUGGUAUCCUGGAUGAUGCCCUCUAGAACCAGUGGUACUUGUAGUCGUUGUCUGAAGCCUUUCUGAGACAGAUCUACGUACAGCCUGGCAGUGCUUGAACUAGACGCUUAAUACCCUGAGUUUUGGGGAGAACUUUGUGUUACAGCUUCAUUUAAGGACAGCUACUUUGGCAUCCUUCAGUCUUCAGUUUUUGUUUAUUUAAACCUGGUUGUAGAAACUUGUGGAUUUGGUGCUUCAAACCCUAUGUGUGGCUUGGAUGGCACAGAGAAACCUUGAAGAGUUAACAGCAGAAUUCUGAUGUUAAGAUCUCUAUUUUUAU